AUGGCUGAAGCUAAAGAACUACUUUCGUCGACAAAGACCAUGACUGGACGGAAUGCGGUUAUAUCAGGCUCAUCAGCUGGUAUCGGAGCUACGAUUGCAGCAGAGCUUUCCUCAAGAGGAGCCAACAUUGUUCUCAAUUAUCCCUGGGAGUCCUUGCGGAAGGAAUGUGAGAACGUCGGGCAGCAGCUACACACACCGUGGAUCGCGGUCUGCGCCGACUUAUCGACAACAGACGGCCCUCAAAUUCUCGUGUCGGCUGCUGUCGAGCGGUUUGGCCACAUAGACAUUCUCGUCAACAAUGCAGGCAUUGUCCCGCUUGCUCCCCUUUGGAAAGCCGAUGUCGCAUCUUGGAACCAAGCGAUGAAUUUGAAUGCGCGAGGCUGCUUCUUACUCACCCAAGCUGCUCUUCCACACUUGACACCUUACACCCCGUCGGAUAAAGCAUCCGGUAAUCUCAAUGGUUCGCGCAUUAUAUGCGUUGGAUCGGCCGCAUCAAGAGCACCGGAACACGACCAAGGGACCUAUGCAGCAACAAAGGGAGCAAUCGACGCCAUGCUACGUAUCUGGGCAAGGGAGUUACCGCCGAAAUACGGAUGCACAGUCAACGGCGUUGGACCAGGUCCGGUUGCUGGCAAAAGCUUCUACGAUAAGCUAGGAGACAACUUCGACUUUAUUAAAGGCAUAUUUGAAGCCGGCACACCCUGCGAGGGGGCUUUCGCCGACCCAACCGAUGUUGCAUGGACUGUAGCCUUUCUGGCAGAAGCUAGAUCAAAAUGGAUCAACGGAGACGGUGUGGAAGUUAAGUGGAGCGCUGACUCGUGGACGGACCUCCGGGCCGAAAGGUAUCUCGACACCAUACAUGAUGUCUCCGGAGGCAUAGCUAUGAUGUGA